CUGUGAGCGAGCGUGGAUCCGAAAUUGGUAGUAGUUAUUCCCAAUCUAAAGAGUUUUAUUAAAACCAAUCUAUUUAUUGAUUUUUCAGUUACUACUAAGUACUAGUAACAAGUUUGAUACGCAUAAAGUCGGGGGAGUGGGAUCUAAAAGCUUGGCGUUCCCGCCAUUCAAUCGAAAGUUUUCCAUAUAAAAGCACUACUCCCCAAACUUGUCUAUCAUCUAUUCAUCUUCGCUCCAAAUCGUUCUCACUUGUUACUCAUCUCAUGAAUAUAUAUAUUCGCCAUUCAUUGCUAGGGUUCCGCGCCACCAUAGCCAGACUCGCUUCAACAUCUUUUAACUAUCAUUAUGCCGGCGCCUAACACAGUUCCUAUAUCAGUAACGCAUAGUGCCAGUCUGCCAUACUUCCAUAUCUUGUUAUUUAAAGAACGGGAAGGUAAACUGACUGAGGAUUUCCAGUUGAUAUUGCAGAUAUUCUAAACUUCUGGAGAAGUAGUCCCUCGAUCAUGUGAUUAUUUAGUUGUGAUCUGUUACUUAAGCUGGAUUUAUUGCUGUUAGUAGUCACACUAACUGUUUCUAAAUUGUGCAGGGACAAAGAUCAUGGUCACAACUCACAAAUUAUUAUCUGAUGGGACAGAUAGGGCCCAUGAUAUGGCCUAGGGACUCUUAUUUGCUGUCUGCACCUGUAUCUGAUGCCAUCUUUACAAAGUAGAGUGAUUUUACAGCCAACUGUCUAUUCUAGUGCAAAUCCACGAGAGCUUCCUAGCUCAAGGUCAUAUGCAACAGUGUUGAGUUUCUACAACAGUAUGACCUUAAAGCCAAUGUAUAACAUGGUCAUCAAGUGGGCAGCCGCUAAGGAGAUAGAACACGGCAACGCAAUCCGCUAAGUGGUCUUUCCACCUGUUCGUGAAAACACUGUUUACAAGAAAGGCAACUUAUGUGUACGUCCACUGGCUGUUCUUGUUCUGUGUGUGCUGUGAGAAAAGAAAAUGUCUGCUUUGGCUGGUGCUUCUGUAAAUGAGUGGGAGGAACGCAACCAAAGACUUGUUGAAGCUGGGAAUGAGCUGCUUCAGCAUCCCACAUCUUCUAAAGAGGAGCUUCUGGAAAAACUUGAUAAUUUAGAGCAUCUUCUGUUAAGGGUGGCGCAAGUUCCCCCUGCAUCGGCUCUAGAUGCUAUUCGACCUGCAAUGGAAGCACUAGUUGCAGAUGGACUUCUACGGCAUCCUGACUUAGAAGUGAAGGUGUCAGUUGCAUCUUGCAUCAGUGAGAUCAUGAGAAUUACAGCUCCAGAGCAACCAUAUGAUGAUAGCAGAAUUAAGGACUUUUUUGAGCUUGCAGUGUUGGCGUUUGGGAAAUUGUCUUGCUUGGAUGGUCGGUGUUAUUCAAAGGCUGUUUCAAUUAUUGGAGUUCUUGCGAAGUACCGAACGUGCGUGCUAAUGUGGGAUCUCGAGUUAGAUGCCUUGGUUGUUCAGAUGUUUCAACAGUUUCUGAAUAGUAUAAGGCCGGACCACCCUGAUCAUGUAUUCAUGAACAUCGCGGAAAUAAUGAGCAUGAUAAUAAAAGAGAGUAUUGAAGGAAUUCCAAUUCAGCUUCUGAACAUCCUCAUAAGUAGUGUUAACAAGGAAAACCAGAAUGUUUCACCUCGUUCCUAUCUGCUGGGAGAGAGAGUUCUUCAAGAAAGUGCUGUCAAACUUCAUCCAUAUCUUCCAGCAGCAGUGAGGUCCCUCCGCAUUUCCACUAACAACUAUUCGGAAGUUCUUGAAUUAAUAAUGAGAGAGAAUGCUAUAAUGUUUCUUCCAAAAUCUGGGCAGGAAGAAAGUGAUCAAUUUGUGAAUGGAGCAUCAAAAUCACAGGUGGAAAAUGGUCCUGAAGAGCUUUGUCAUAAAGUUGCUGGCUUUGACGAUGUUAGGCCACCCACGGAAGAAACUUCCAUGCUUCCAGACACUGAUUUUAAAGUUGCUGCAUCAAAUGGCUCUGUUGUAAUUUCUGUGCGAUCUGUGGACGAUUCCUUUAAGACGCUGGUCAAUAAUGACUCUGAAAAGCUUUCCCACAAUGCUAGUUAUGGUGGCAAAGUUUGUCCACCCUUACCUGGAUCUUCCAAGACGCCCACAAAUGAUGACCCUAGUGAGCUUGCACCACAUUCUGCACCUGAGAGAGUUGCUUCAUUCUUAGAUCAACCAUCUCACUUGCCAGGGAAAGAUGAUCCCGAGCAUAAGGUCGAUGACGUCGUUCUAGAGACGGAUACAACUUUAAAAGAAUCAGAACACGGAGAUGCAAUGAAGCAGCAGAAAAGUAAAGAAUCAAGGAAGUCUUCCCCACCUGAAAACUUGGGUUUGAUCAAGGCAGCCACAAAAGAACUAGAUCUGGAAGCUACUCAAGCUUCAAAGAAAAGAGGUUGGAAACCUAAUUUUUUUAAUAAACCAGAGGAAGGAUAUGAACAUGCCUGGUUAAGUGGAGAAAGGAGAUCAAAAGGCCGUAUUCGCUUGAAGGGUUGUUGGAAAAAUACUAAAAAGAGAAGUAGCUGUUCACCUAAAUGUGCAAUCUCCACUGGAUUGUAUUCUUCAUGUGGUGAGGAGAAGACUCCAAUAAUGACUAAUAUAAAGAGACGCCAAAAGGAGAAAAAUGACAAAAUAGGUCAGAAUGAUGGUGCACAAUUUUCAUCAAUUUCAGCAAGAGAUUCACCAGGAGCUAUAACCAAGAAAAAAGUCUCGCAACCUACAUUGGUUGCUUCAGAAGAAUUUGGUGUCUUUGAGGCAUUAGAAAAGAAACAUGAAAAAGACGAAAAGAAAAAUGUACCUGCCAGCUACCAUGAUAAAAGAUGGCGGUCAUCAGUACCGGAAUCUGGAGCUGAGGCAUUGGGGUCUGUCUUCUCAAUCACCAAAGAAAGCAACUUUGCCAAAACCUCUAAAGAACAACGUAAAAGGAAGAACUCGCCAGAGGCCAAAGAAAGCAACUUCCCCAAAACCUCUGAAGAACAACGUAAAAGGAAGAGCUCGCUAUCACAAGAAGAGGCAUUGGGUUCUGUUUCAAUCACCAAGAAAAGCAACUUCUUCAAAACGUCUAAAAAACAACGUAAAAGGAAGAAAUCCCUAUCACAAGAGGAGGCAUUGGGUUCUCUCUCAAUCACCAAGCAAAGCAACUUCCCCAAUAUCUCUAAAGAACAACGUAAAAGGAACAACUCGCUUUCACAAAAAGAGGAUUCUGUGGAUAAGGUUGUCAGCGAGCAUGGCAAGGAGCUGGUUGGCUGCAGAGUAAGGGUUUGGUGGCCACUUGAUCAAGCGUUCUAUGGAGGACGUAUCACUUUGUUUGACCAUUCAAAGAAGAAGCACAUGGUGAUCUAUGAAGAUGGUGAACAAGAAAUGCUAAACCUUACAAAUGAACGCUGGGAACUAGUUGAAGAUGACAAUGCAUCAGUUCCUAGCCACAAGAUUGUUCCUGAUCCAAGUGAUUUGUCUGACAGGUAAGCUUCAUUCACCUCACUUCUCAUUCAUGGCAAGUCAUUUGAUGAUUUAGAAUGCUGCUUGUAAAGUUGACAUGAUCAACAAUUUUGUUGUUUCUAGAUUAUGAAUGUGAGAAUGAAAACUGAGGGUGCAACUUUUACAGUUGGCAUCUCAUCGGUUACAAUUCUGUCUGAUUGAGAGUGAAAUAUUAGCAUCAGAAGUAAAACUUAGAUCGUUGUGACAUGCUGGAUAGCUAUAGAUGCUAGAGCAAACCACCUUCAUUUAGCUUUUCCCAUGUGGAGUUACUCUUGCGCCCUUUAAUUUUCUUUCGGUGCAUCAAAUCUAAAUUCAAUAAUCCAAUUUUAAUUUUGUUCUCUCACAUACACAUGCAUAUACCUGCAAGUCUCUGACUGAAAAUGUCACCUUUUUUUUUUUUUUUUUUUUUUUUUUCCUUUCUUCCCUUUUUUUCCUUUGGCAAAACUUCUCGAUAGAUUAGGUGACCAAACUUUAUACAUUUGCAUUUCCUAUUUCACUAGUUUGCUUCUUUUGCCGCGUUGUUUGGUGUCCUCAUUUUCAGAUCAGCUACCCUUACACAUCUGUCUUCCCCUUUAGUUGGAAGUUUAUGUUAUAAGCAUUUAAUAUGAUAUGUUAAAUGCAUGCAUCAGAA